GUCUACAUAUAAUUUCUUAUAUCUUAUUUUCUAUAUCUUAUUAUUUAAAACACGUUACUCAUAAAUAAUCUAUGAUUUCCUAGAUUCACGCACUCAAAACUUAAAAAUUCAAGAAUUUCAUCGAAUUAUGUUCGAAGCUAUUCGAAUUUUUCCAAUAUUAAAAAACUUUAAAUCACUCCGAAAUAAAAAUUCAAACGUCCAUAAAAACUUGUAUCUUCAUAAUCGUACAUACUGUCUUAUCAUCAUUAAAAAAUGUACAAUUCUUAAAAAAGAGAGGAAAAGAAGAAAAAAUAUUUCAAAAGAUGCAAGAAACGUAGUUUUUGACAGAUCCUCGAUAGAUGUCACUCUGAGUCGGUCGCUAUAUUGAUCAAGUUAGAUUUUCUAAGGACGCACGUUGAUAAGAUCUCAGUAUUUGUCGAUUGUAUGAGAAAUUUACUCACGAUAUCAACAUAUCUGUCGGUGUGAUUUUUGUGGAGUUUACCGCGCGCCAUACGUGGUAUCUUAAUUUUUCGCCUAUGACGUCAUUUGUGAAUUACACAAGCGUCACCGCUCAGUCUGUUGUGGAAAAUUUCGUCGAAUAUAUGGCAGUGUCGAGCGAACACUGUUUUUCCUAAUAAACACUGAAAACAAUCUCGAUAUCGGAGUGCAUCGUGUUCAUCAGCGGAUACCCUGUUAACCACGAUAUUAUCGUCGAGGAAUCCCUGUUCGGACUGAAAAUAUAGUUACAGUGUUUGGAAGUUAUUUGACUAUUUGCUGUGAUGUCGAUGCAACAGUUCUGUUUGCGGUGGAACAAUCAUCAACCAAAUUUCAUUUCGGUGUUUUCGAAUUUGUUGAACAAUGAGACUUUGGUGGAUGUGACAUUAGCUGCUGAAGGCAGACACCUUCAGGCACACAAAGUUGUUUUGUCUGCAUGCAGCACAUAUUUUCAGUCAUUGUUUACUGUGAAUCCUUGUCAACAUCCAAUCGUCAUAUUAAAGGAUGUAAAAUUCUCUGACUUAAAAAUCAUGGUUGACUUUAUGUACUACGGUGAAGUAAACAUAUCACAGGAUCAGUUACCAUCUAUCAUAAAGACUGCAGAGAGUUUAAAAAUAAAAGGACUUGCAGAAAUGCACACUGCUUCUUUAACCAAGUGGCCAAGUGGUAGUAGCGAACCUGGAGGAGGAGAUCGUGGGGAAUCUUGUUCACCUAGCCCUUCUCCAUUAUCACCAUCCUUUCGUAGAAAGAGGUUAAGGAAAUCAUCGACAGGAUCAACAUCUGGAUCUGGUGAAAAACCAGAAGAAAUGAAUGAAAUUACUUUAGUUGCCACGAAUAUCGUAAAGCCAGAACCAUUGAUAGUUUCGCAAGAAGGUAGUGAAAGUCUAAGAAGACCUGUUAAUACUAGUACUGAAUCUCAAGGAAGUAUUGAUGAAGAUCAAAUAUCGAUCAUGAGUAACAUGGAGAAUAGUUCGGCAACAACCCCUGCACAAAGUGAUGGCUCAAUACAAGAUGUGAGUCAACAAUCAGGAGGAAAUGUUGCACAGAGUACAGUUUCUUCACAACCACCCGCACAUCAAGGAUUGCAAUGGACUAUUAUGGAGCAUACAUAUCCACGUUUCGCUCUGUCCUCGUGUCAAACGAAUCUGUCGAUCCAAGCGUCAUCAGCUUUUACCACGCCCGAAAUAACAGCUUCUUCGACCAUCAGCGAUCAGUACUCUGGUACCAGCACGACUGGUUCCAGUUGCGCCCUGACGAAUUAUCCGAACUCCUCGCACGGGACAUUGCAGCACGCAUCGUCGAGCGGCCCAUCACCGUCGGCACAGUGCCCGAGUAACUGCCAGAGUCCUUGCGCCAGUCCGCAGACCGCAAUUAAAAGGAAACGAUCGACAAAUCCGCAGGCAGACGAGAAUUUUAUCAGGGCGUUAGACGCCGUUCGAUACGGCGGUAUAGGGUUUUGUAAAGCAGCCAGGAUGUUCGGCGUGAACAAUCGAACACUUUGGCUGGAAUACAAAAAGCGUGGUUACCCAAACAAUCGACCGAGCUUGAAAUCGAGGGUCAAGCAAGAAGUGAAUUCCUCACCACCGCCAGCCCCGUCGGCGCAGCCGGUUAAUUCGCAGAGUCCUACGCCCAUGGGCCCUCCCACCACCCCACACAGUACACACAAUACCCACAGCACGCAUACCAUGCUAACCACUCAUAGUCCUCAUACGAUGUUAAGUGGUUACAUCGAUAGCAGGCAUACGGAUUACGCAUUGCCCAGCACUACAAUGCCAAUCAAUUUACACGGCGUUAACUACAACGCGAUGUGAGCCACUGGCUAUGACACGCCGAUACCAACGGUCACUUGUAUAGACGAGCUUGAAAAGUAUUAACUACCGAACAAGCGUGUGGAGGAAGAAUUUUAGAUCGGCAAUACUCAUCCAAAAGAGAAUGCGUAUUCUCUCGUUAAAUGAAGAGAAACGAUACAAUUUUAGAUAUUUUCUUUGCCUAGUUCAUACGUAUCUAUAAAAGUGCUUUCCGACUAACGCAAUGAUCUCGAACAACUGGAAACGUCAGUAUAUCAUAGUUUAUACACUACAGAUUUUUUACAUUAUGGAUAUAUGUAUAUUAUAAUGGAAAAUAUCGUCGCUGGAGCUCGUUGACUUGUAAUUCUUAACGAUUGUACAUAUUUCUUUCCUGGCUGGUUCAAUCCUAGAAAGAAGUGGAAAUCUUGUCACUGUUUUGAAAAAACAGGAUCGUGUAAGAGCUAAAUAAAUAAUUUCAUCAGAUACUCGCUGGAAUCAAUUAGAAUAAUAAAUUGUGAGUCAACGAGUGGACGACAGCAACUCUUUCUCGUCGAACACCCGGUAGUUCCGGCGAAGGGUAAAGAAAAAAGAAAACAAAUUUUGAAACAGGUUCCUUUAGUUUAAAUCGUAUCUUUUGAAAUUUGAAUUACACACGAAUGUGAUAGUACAGGAACGACCAUGUACUGAAGGCAUAUACUUGCUAGUUUGUAAUUUCAGAUAUUUAUGGGCGAACUGUCGAAGAUUUUUUUAAUUUCACGUUUUUAUCAAUGCACGAUCGGUCUUCACACGAAUAUCGAUAUAAUCUAAAGUUGGUGGAAUAAUCUUACGCAGAUACGUCGGAAUUAUUUCGCUUUUUAUCAACUUUAGCCUGUACCAUGCCGCGACAUUUUUGUACAUAGUGAAUAAAAGUAGCGAUAGUGAAACAUAGAUCAAGAAUAUAUUACAUGUAUUUGCACAUUAAAAAACUCGUAGCUAAUACAUCCUACGAAAUUAACGAUUUAUGUACGAGCGAGGAGUGAAACGCAAUGCGUCGUCAAUACAUGUAUUACAAUUAAUUUGCAAACGUUGGAAAUGAGCAUACAUUUUCUGACGGAUCAUAAUUAUCUGUAAAGAAUAUCUAAACUCGUUUAUAUUUUUUGUAACAAGUAUAACAGUUUUUGUGAGGGUUGCAGUGUUUAAAAGAAUUUGUUCAAAAUUUUCGACGGAUUAUUCCGCCUAAAAAAUUCUAUUAUACAGGGUGUUUCAUAAAAUAUAUAAUUGUAAGGUUAAUACAAUUAUGAAGUGGAGAAAAUGUCUGUGAAUCCUGGUGAUUCAGUCGAAAAAGUAGUUUACCGCUGUAUCUGCGAUAUCAUGUAACAUUUAAUUCAAAUAUAAUUCUCGUUGUUUUUGCAAUACUGUAAUGACACGAUAAUUGCCAGAAAAUCAGGUGACACGGCCUGCAAUUAUCGUUUAUUUACGGGACUUGAUCCUAAGUAUAGAUACGGAUGCGUUGUUUUGUCGAAUGUAGAGGGCGAUAAUGCGAGUGAUAGAAGAAGAAAAAGAAACAAAUAUAUCUAUUGGUUUAAGUUACAUAACGAUGAAAUAUUUUUAUCUUUAAUUUUUUAUGAAUAAAAGUUUUAUCAAUUGUCAGGUUUUUCUGACUGAAAUAAGAUCAAACACGAUACAACUUGAGACAUAUUUAUUUAUUUAAUGGCAUUAACUUAUAUUUAAAUACCUAUUCAAAAUACCCAUUCAAUUUUCAAAAAAUCAGAAAUUAACAAUUACCAUUGUUAAAUUAGUUGUUUUGUGGAUAUUUUUAUUGUUUCGUGGAUAUUUGAAUUCGGAUCAAGUCACACUAUACUUAGUCGUCGAACUUAGCGGUAUGUGUCAAAGAGAAUGCCAGGACCUAUUGAGAAGGGUUAUCGCUCCCAGUGGUGGGGAUGACUUUCGUGCAUUUGGGAGGAACAUCGCGUCUGGUAAUCAUUAAAACAUUGCUGUAUAUCGAAUGAGACAUUUUAUAGCACACCCUGUACAUAGAGGCAGCAGGCUACAGGGUAUAGUAGCACGAUUAUUAGCGUGCAGGGUCACUUUAGUACAAAUACUGUGAAGUUCUUGUACUGUCUUUCGUUUUGACCGAAAAUCAGGUAAUUUUUUAACGUAUUCGUAUUGUUCUCCGAUAUUUACGAAGGAUCAAAUGUACAAUUUAAUUUUUUUCAAUUUCAUCAAAAUUUAUCGUAAUUUUCAUUGGUGAAUUAUCUGUUUUUUUUUUUUUUAAAGUAUGUAAUUAAUAUCAAUAUGUAUAUUAUUUACAUAUAUAGUUGCGAUUGAUUUAGGAUGUUGUAGCCUAUAAGUGGUAAUUAAGUGCAAUAUCCGCGGGAACAAACGUUUUCUUGAUUAACUCGUCGAUCUGUUAACGUACAAUUACAUGUAUAACAUAAAGAGCAGAAGAAAGGAAUAAGGGAAUAGAACAAAGUAAUGCAUGUAUUGAAAAAUAGAUGUGUACGAUGUGACAACUUGUCAUUGAUGGUUCGAGAAUUGUGUCAAUUUUCUUGGAGAAAUGAUUUUAGUUAAUGUUAAUAUUCGAUUUUCUAAUUUCUUUUACUACGAAAAAAAAAGAUUAAAGAUUAAAAGAUUAAAGUUUCUCGAGAAAAUUAAUUGUAUAAUAAUUUUCCUGAUUUUAUGUUUAAAUAGAAAGAGAGAAUGAUCUAUAAGUGUUCCAUUGAAGCGAGAAAAUAUUAUAUUACGACGCUAGAAUUAAAACAAAUACUAUCUUCUUGUUUAGCAUUUAAAUAGUCGCAAAUGAAUUUUAACGACAAUGUACAUAACAUAAUUUUUAUGUUUAUUUGUACGAACAAGUACUAUCAGUCAUUUUUGCGUACUUGGCAUUUAAUAGAGUUGGAGAUCCACGUUUUUAACUCGUACAUGAACUAAAUAACGAAAGAUUUGCAAAAAGAUUUGCAAAUUUUUGUUCCUCUGUCUUCGUUUCUAUAAAUUAGACUAAUAAUGAAAAUAUCAAUUCAUAAAGUAAUUGCAUUGUAAAAUAGUUGAAUUGUAAAAUGUACGUAGGAAUGGAAAGUUUUUUCCGAAAUUUUUACAUCGAUGACAUGAAAUCUCAAUGAAAUUCUUUUAUUAGAAGAUAAUUGACUACUCGAGAUAACCGACUAAUCAUUUCUAGCGGAAAUCGAGCGCGUCUCGCUGUUUCCUGUUUUCGUUCCGAACGUCUGUACAAAACGAUAGAUGAAUAUAAAAUGUUAAAGAAAUGUUGAUCGUAAUGUACACUAUCUUAAACAUUGAUACUUCGUAAAAAAAAAAGAAAGAAAAACAGAAUAAAUAAGUGAGGUGUAAAAAAAGCAACUAGUUUAAAAUCGGUACCGAAUUUUAUAUGCAGAGAGUCGAGUUUUGAUGUGUCAAUGUUAUUGUAUAACGCCUUUAAUAAAUCACGUGAAGGAAGAAUGAAUUAAAAGUUGUUUUUGGCCAGGCUUACGACUCUGUUCACGUAAGAUAUCCGUUUUUUUAUAUCUUUAUUUAUGUAGCGAUUUUUCUGUAUAAAAAAUAAACUUUUUUAUUUGCGAAA